AGGACGUUGCUUACUUAGAAUAGAGCAAAGUGCUGGCUUAGGCUUCGGAGGCGAGCGAGAGAGCGAGCAGGAGACGACUUUCCCCUAGGCCGCCCCGUGCGAGGAGCAGAUCCCGAAGCAGUAAGAUGUCUUCAGCACCUCAGCCUCCAGAUUUACAACAUGAAGCACCCAAAGAGAAAGACUAUCGAACUCCCGGAUUCCGAAGUGUCCGAACUACCACCUUGUUCCGUGCUGUGAACCCAGAACUCUUUAUUAAACCUAACAAACCAGUUAUGGCUUUUGGGCUUGUAACGAUUACUCUUUGUGUAGCCUACAUUGGAUACUUGCAUGCACAACAAGAGAAUAAAAAAGAUCUUUAUGAAGCUAUUGACAGCGAGGGAAAGCGACAUAUGAAGCGGAAGACUUCUAAAUGGGAUUAAAGAAAUGCAUGGCUUGCACAUGAUCUGCAUAAUGCUACACCGACUUACAAAUUUUUAAGAGCAGAAAGGAUAACAGAAAAUCAGAAAAAGAACAAUACAUAACAAUAAAAGCCAUACAAUAAAUAACCUAUAGAAUAGAGCCAAUUAAACAGCAGCAAAAAGCAUCAUAAUCUGUCAUAUUAUCUGGAAGAUAACCUAAGCUUUUAUUAAAUGCUUGACUAUCCUGUGUAAACUACUUUGGAGAGCACACAAAACUUUUUAAAGUUAUUCAUUUAAAGGAUCUAAAAUGCUUUUGUGAGCAAAGCUUACCCAGCCUAGCAACGGUUACUGGGUGAGAAGUUAGCCUAUAUUAUGAGACCUCUCACAGCCACAUGAUAGGCAGAGCUCCUUAACACCAGGGCUGCAGCUGAAGCGGGUACCAUCUUGCCAUCAAAUAAUCUCACCAAACAAUGGUGAAACCUCUCUCUCUCUCUCCCACUAACAUGCACAGAUUCUAAGAAGACAAUUAAUUCAGUUUAGGCUAUGAGAACUAAGAUUUCGCUUCCUCAUCUAGUCCACACUUGUCAUUGGAGGAGGAAAAAUCUUGA